UUUCCAAUAAUUUUUUAAAAAGAAGAUUUACAGCAAAGAGGACGUAUCCGAGAUGCUGAUCGAAGGAUUCCUGCUUUUUGCCUUCUUCGUCUUUGCUUUCCAAUUUCUACAGUUGCAAAGAGCAAAGGGUCGUUUUCCUCCUGGCCCGUUUCCUCUUCCCAUCUUUGGCAAUUUAAGGCUGCUGAAUUUUGCUCUGAAACGGGAGACGUUGGUGAAGUUAACAAGCAUCUAUGGGAACAUCUACACCAUUUGGCUGGGGACAACACCGGUGGUUGUGCUGAAUGGCUACAAGGCGGUGAAAGAAGCACUCGUCACUUACUCAGUGGAGACUUCUGGAAGGCCAUUGAUGCCUUUGUUUACGGAGCUGAUGGGUGAGAGAGGUGUUUUUAUGACCACUGGCCCUAUCUGGAGAAAGCAGAAGCGCUUUGUCAUGAUGGCCCUGCGAAAUCUGGGUAUGGGAAAGAAGAUCUUGGAGAACCAGAUCCAGCAGGAGGCACAUUAUCUGCUGAAGGUGUUUAAGAGCAAGAAAGAAUUGCCCUUUGAUCCCCGAACUCCUAUAGUCAAAGCAGUCUCAAACAUUAUAUUCAAUUUUGUGUUCGGUCAUCGCUUUUCCGAAGAGGAUGCCCAUUUCAACAAAUUAUUAAAAACUAUACACAUGAUUGUUUACCUUCCUGGUAGCAUCUGGGGCAGGGCCUACGACUCUUUCCCUACCAUUAUGCAGAAAUUUCAGAAACCUUACCAGCAGUUGUUUGAACACAACGAAUUCAUGCACAAUUUCAUCAAGGACAAGAUGCAGAGCCACAAGGAGAGAUGGGAAGAAGGCAACAAACCACAAGAUCUGCUGGACUUCUAUCUGGAGUUCAUAUCCAAGAACAAAAACAACUCUGAUUCCAUUUUCAGCGAGGAGAACAUGGUUCAAAUUGCUGUCGACCUGUUGAUUGGAGGAGCAGAGGCCAGCACGACCACUUUGUACUGGGGUCUCCUUUAUUUGCUCAAAUAUCCAGAUGUGCAAGAAAAAAUCCACCAUGAAAUAGAUGCCAUUCUGGGACCUUCUCAAAUGAUCACUUACAAGGAUCGGAACAGAUUACCCUACACGAACGCCGUGCUGCAUGAAAUUGUUCGCUACAGCAACAUCUCAAUCACAGGGCCCUUACGGAAAUGCCUGAAGGACAUUGUUAUCAUGGGGUCCCCCAUUGGAAAGGGAACUCUUCUGCUGCCCAAUGCUCAUUCUGUGCUGUAUGACCCAGAGCACUGGAAAACCCCUUGGAAAUUCAAUCCAGAACAUUUCCUUGAUUUUGAAGGCAAUUUUGUGAACAAUGAAGCUUACUUGCCAUUCGGAACAGGGCGACGUGCCUGCGUGGGGGAGUCCUUGGCCAGAAUUGAGCUCUUCAUUUUCUUCACCAACCUUCUCCGUUCGUUCAAGUACCAGCUCCCACCCGAAGCAGAAGAGGUCAGCUUUGAGGAAAUCACAGGGUCAAUCCGCCAGCCUCUCCCGUAUAACCUCUGUGCUUUUCCCCGCGAAGCUGCCUAAUGCCACUUUCCCUCCAGCAAGAGUUGAUGGGAGCAAGAUUUUUUUGAACCAUUUCAUGUCUUCUAACUUAAGUGUAGAUGCCCUUAACCUUCCUGAACCAUCUUUGUCCAUCUUGUUUGUCUUUGAAAUGCAUACUGUCUCCAGCUCCGUUCUCGGAGGGGGGGAGGGG